AUGGUCAGCUACGAAGCCAUGUUCAAAGCCCUUGGGGAAGCCCUUGUGUGGGUAACAACGGUCGCGGUUCUUCUACUUCUAACCGGUCUUGCGUCGCCACAUCAAACACACCUCUUUACACCAUCAAGCCCCUCGGACACACCCGCUUGGAGCUGGCUACUAAUCACCAUUGUAAUUCUCUACUUCGUGUCGGUCUGGCAGGCCGCAUCCGCCGCUUGUGACUCUGCCAGUCCCGGCGGCGGAAGGUUCAGCCACGCACUCAAAACCAGCCUAGCCAUCGUCAUCUGCGUUCUCCUCACCUGGGGCCCGUUCGCGGACUUGGUCGAGACGUUCCUGAUGCGGGCGAGUGCCUUUCUCGCCGUGGCCUUUCGCAGGGUGCCCGCCUGGAAGGGGCUGAGCGCCGACGGUGUUUACAACGCCUAUCACGCCACGUGCCGGUUGAACCAGCACCCGGAUGCGACCUGCGCAGCUCGCUACUUGCUGCACUACACCAAGGCGUUCCCCCGGAACACGCUGUGGGCAGGCAGUGUUAGGGAAAGCCACGAUACUUAUUUUUUAAACUUCCUCCGGUCGCAUCCAUACUGCGCCAUGUUGUGGAUAGCUUGCUGGGAGCUUCUGUUCCUUUGCGCAAAGCAUAUUGCUUUUCCGUAGCUCUAUGCUACGUGGGCGGUAAACAUUUUCACGCUUUCCCAUAUCGUUUAAUAACAAAAUUUGGC